AGUACAAAAACCUAAAAUGUAUUGAGCAGAUAUCAAAAUUAGUUUCUACUUUCUUUCUUCAUAUUUCGAAGAUGAAGGUUUCGUAGUUUGUUUUCCUAAUGCCCAGACAAGAGUGCAUCACUUUAAUUUUGCUAGUGUUUUAAGUACUUAAAACAAUGUGUUGCACACCCUAUGUAGCUACUAUUGUUGCAGGCGUUCUCACUAUUUUUCAGAGUUUUGCUAAUCUGUGCUGGAAUGUACCAAUAAUAAUUAGCUUCAGUUUCAAUAAAACUCAGCUAUCGACAUUAGCAACUAUUAAUACUUCAGAACUUGAAAAUCCUUUCGCAAUAUAUGGAAUAACUCUGCUUCUAGCCAUCCUCAACGUACAGUUGCUGGUAUUUUCAUGUUUAAUGCUGAAAGCGAAUUCUACUAUGAAGACUUCUUGGAUAGGUGCAUGGUGUAUUCUGAUCAAUGUCAAAUCUCUGGUGAAUGUUUUACUUGGAAUAUAUUUCUUCUAUGUGUACGGGGAUAAUCUCCUAGCGAACCCCACUUAUUUCCAUUUGGCCGUUGUCUUUUCAGGAGUGUUCUUUUUCUGGCCGACAAUAAAUACAGUUCUCUUUAUAAUGGUGUCCAAGAGGUACACAGAUAUAGUGAAAUUUCAAACAACGAACGGAAGGGUUGAAGUGUCAACAAGAGAAGACGCUGGUUUGCCUCCUCCAUACACAACAGGAAUAUUUGCACGCUCUCAGUCUGGUCAUGCCGUUAAUAACAUGGUUGUUACAGACUCAAGAGAACAACUUUUGCUGCAUUUUGAAGAUGAUGAUAGACAACCUACCGCGAUUCCGCGAUAAAAGAGUGAAUUUAUAGAUGUAGAUAUAUUUUAAAUUAUGUUGUAUUUUUAUUCUAUCACAAUUAAAGUAGUUAUUGUAACUUAAAUACUUCUA